UAAGAUCUGCAUAGCAUUUGAGUCCAUUUCUUUGUUUCUCUUAAAAACAUACUCAAAAGCCAGUGAAGAACUUUUGGUGAAAUUUUCUGCCGAUCUCUAAACACAGAAUGUUGUCUAAAGCUGUACUGCUUGUAGUAGCAGUAAGUAUUGCUUUGCUUCUUGUUGUUGUAACAGCAAAUGAGAAAAAAGAACAAGGUGUCGAGAAAAGAGCAACAGUUCCAAUCCAAACUCCAACAACACUGGCUGAUAUGGCUAAGGUCCUGGUAGAAAUUCAAAAAAGAAUGAACGCAGUUGAAUCAAGCCGAACCAUAUUACUGCGAGGUAGGGAUGGUCGUGAUGGGUUACCGGGGAGACCAGGCAGAGAUGGUCGUAACUGUGGGUUACCAGGAAGACCAGGUCCACCGGGUUUGAAAGGAGAGACAGGACAUCAAGGUGUGAGAGGUCUACCAGGACCUAACGGUGGUGGAGUACAGUACGUACGAUGGGGAAGAACUACCUGCCCUUACGGUGCCUCUCUUGUUUACAAAGGACGUAUCGGAGGAGAGUACUAUUCUCAUAAAGGUGGAGGUGCAAAUUACGUAUGUCUCCCUGAGACCCCCAAAUAUGGAAGAUACAAAGAUGGUCACCAGCACGCUGGAUACAUGUACGGUACAGAGUACGAAGUAAACGCAUUCAACCCGCUUACCACAAGUAAUCUUCAUGAUCACGAGGCUCCAUGUGCUGUGUGUUACRUUACAACACGAAGUACCAAGAUGAUGAUCCCUGCGACUUACGAGUGUCCCGUGGGAUGGACACGAGAGUACCGCGGGUAUCUGAUGACUCAGUAUCAUAGUUUUGGAAAAUCCGAAUUCAUUUGUGUUGAUCAAGAUGCAGAGGCUGUGCUAGGAAGCCAACGCAAUUCUGAAGGUGCCCUGUUGUAUCCUGUGGAGGGAAGGUGUGGUUCUCUGCCCUGUCUUCCAUAUGUUGACGGACGAGAACUGACAUGCGUAGUGUGUACCAAGUAAAGGACAUGGAAACUAUUCAUACCUUUGAUUACGUAAAACUGAGAGCUWAAGUUAAAUGUAGUUCAAUAAGUUUAUUCAUUUAAAAAAGCAUACAAUAAAGAGUUAACAAGCAUUGA